AUGAAAGCAGCGUCUCUCGGUCAUCAAUAUUUGAGUGUAAAAUCUUAUAAUGAAAAUGAGAUUCAUCUCAGUACUGGAAGAUUUCGUGGUGGUCGAAAAUAUCAACGAUCAAAAUCAACACAAUAUCAAAAUGAAGAGCAAAAGCAUUCAUUGCUUCCAGCUUCCGCUCCAUUAUCACGUCGAUCGAUUGCAAUUAUGAAUCAAUUUCAAUCAACGGUACCAUCGGUAUCUUUUCUUGGACGAAGUCUUAGUGAAUCAAAUAAUCUAUCUCUUAAAUUGGAGCAACAACCAUUUGAUAAUACUCAAUUUCAACAAAGUGAUGGUUAUCAUAAACCAUAUUCGUUGAAAGCACUUAUCAGUAAACGACAUGGAAAUCAAGAUGAAGAUGUUAAAUUAAGUAGUCGUGUACGACGUUUUUAUAAAAAACAAGAUGAUCUAAUCGAUGCAUUUCAAAAACUUUAUGAACAAACAUGUUCGGAAUCUAAACAUGAAGACAAAAAUUUAAAUAAACAAAAACGAUAUACAGAAUGGCUUAUUCGAGCAACAUUAAUAUGUAAUGUGUUAUUGUUAAUUAGCAAAAUUGCAGCUGCUGUUUUUUCUCGUUCACUUUCAAUCAUUUCGUCAGUUGUAGAUUCAGCAGUAGAUUCAGCAGUAGAUUCAGCAUCUGCAUGUAUACUUUACUGGGUUAUAAGAGCAAUAAAAAAACGUGAUCCUUAUACUUAUCCUGGAGGACGUACUCGACUUGAACCAGUUAUUAUUGUUAUUCUAUCAGUUGUUAUGGUUUCAGCAUCGAUUCAAGUUAUUUAUGAAUCAACUGAAUCUUUAGUUAAUGAUAUACAUCAUUUUACAGACAAUUCAACAGAAUUACGUGAUAUUGAUAUGGGACCAGCACCUAUUACUGUUAUGUGUAUUACAAUUAUUUGUAAAGCUAUUCUAUCAUUUCUUUGUUAUCAAGUAGCAAAUCCAACUAUGUCUGCCGUUGCACAAGAUCAUCGAAAUGAUGUUUUUUCAAAUCUAAUUGCACUUGCAUGUGGUAUUAUUGCUGUUAAAGCACUUGAUGGUUCUAUAAAGAAAAAAGAAGUUGUUGUUAUCGAUCCUAUUGGUGCAAUCCUCAUAUCACUUUAUAUAAUCUUUUGUUGGUUAAGACAACUUCGUGAACAAGUACGAAACUUAAGUGGCUAUAAAGCAAAACCUGACUUUUUACAAAAAAUAACAUGGCUUACAUUGCAACAUUUACCAUUAAUACAAAAAAUCGAUACUGUUCGUGCAUUUCAUUUUGGUACAUCAUUUUUAGUUGAAGUUGAAGUUAUUUUACCUAAAACUAUGUCACUUAAAGAAGCACAUGAUAUUGGAGAUGAAUUACAAAAUAAAUUAGAAAGUAUACCUGAAAUUGAAAGAGCUUUUGUUCAUUUAGAUUAUGUUGUUGACGCUCUUGAAUAUUAA